GCAGCCAGUAUGCGCGUUCUCGUGGAGCUUUUCCGGUGGCGUUUCCUGUGUUUGUAAACUGACCUGGGCUGGAAUAAAAGAGCGAAAUUGAGCAGUAUUAAGAAAAGACAUUGCUGCCCCAUGAUAGAGUCCGGUGAGACUUGUGUGACACUUGGUCCGAACUGACGUCUCAUCUCCACAUCUCGCCUGUCUCUCAACCGCUGUCUGCCACCAUGUCACACUUACCCGGCAGCGCGGUCCGGGACCACAUGAAAUGGGCAGGGCUGUUAGGUUGUGAAGCGGUGUUGUCCAGCAUGGCUCUGAUGCAGGCCAGUUCCAUGGCAGCUCCUAAGAAAAUGAUGUCUCCGCUGGGUCCGGCUACAGGACACGGGUCCGCCCAGAGCGUACAGGACCGCGCGGCGCAAGGGCACAUGCUCUUACCAGCGGGCAUGACCUGUCCUCCACUGCUCCUGCGGAAGGAGGGUGAUUUUACAGCUCCACGAAUGCUGGACGAGAAGGAAAUGAGACCCAAUGAAGACAUGCAGCUGAAGAAAAAGAACAGGAAGUCGGGAACACCCUCAAAAGUGAGAGAGCAGGACGGGCAGGAGGGGAAGGCGGUUGUGGAUGAAAAUGGAAAUUGUCCACUUUCAAAAGUCCAAAAGAACUUUAUCUGUGAUCACUGCUACGGGGCCUUCAGGAGUGGAUACCACCUGAAGAGACACAUUCUCAUCCACACUGGAGAAAAGCCGUUUGCGUGUGCCGUGUGUGACAUGAGAUUUAUUCAGCGUUACCACUUGGAGCGACACAGCCUCACUCACACUGGGGUGAAGCCAUAUGCUUGUUCCAUGUGUGACAUGCGGUUUUUCCAACGUUACCACUUGGAGAGGCACAGCCUCACUCACACUGGCGUCAAACCAUAUGCUUGCACCAUGUGUGACAUGAGAUUUUUCCAAAGAUACCACCUUCAGCGACACAGCCUCAUUCAUACGGGGGUGAAGCCGUAUGCUUGCUCCAUGUGUGACAGGCGUUUUUUCCAACGUUACCAUCUACAGAGACACAGCCUCACUCACACGGGGGUGAAGCCGUUUGCUUGUUCCAUGUGUGACAUGAGGUUUUUUCAGCGUUACCAUCUGCAGAGACACAGCCUCACCCAUACGGGGGUCAAGCCAUUUGCGUGCACAAUGUGCCCCAUGAGGUUUUUUCAGCGUUGUCAUCUCCAACGACAUAGUCUCACCCACACGGGGGUGAAGCCAUUUGCUUGCACAAUGUGUGAUAUGAGGUUUUUCCAACGCUACCAUCUCCAGAGACACACCAUCACCCAUACGGGGGUGAAGCCGUAUGCUUGUUCCAUGUGUGACAUGCGUUUUUUCCACCGUUACCAUCUGCAGAGACACAGCCUCACUCACACGGGGGUGAAGCCUUAUGCUUGCACCAUGUGUGACAUGCGUUUUUUCCAACGUUACCAUCUACAGAGACACAGCCUCACCCAUACGGGGGUGAAGCCGUAUGCUUGCUCGAUGUGCGACAUGCGGUUUUUUCAGCGUUACCACCUGCAGAGACACAGCCUCACUCACACGGGGGUGAAGCCAUAUGCUUGUUCGAUGUGCGACAUGCGGUUUUUCCAACGUUACCACUUGGAAAGACACAGCCUCACUCACACUGGAGAGAAGCCGUUUGCAUGUGACAUGUGUGACAUGCGGUUCAUUCAGAGGUACCAUCUGGAGAGACACAAGCGUGUUCACAGUGGAGAAAAGCCUUACCAGUGUGAGCGCUGCCAGCAGAACUUCUCACGGACGGACAGACUGUUGAGGCACCGGCGAUUGUGUCAGGGUCGCGGCGUGGCAAAGGUCGAGGCCCAGCCGUGCUCUUUCUCCCAGGAGCCUCCCCAAGCCCCCCCGUCCACGUGGAGUCCCCUGCAUCCCGCCCCGGGCCGGCUCGCCGUCUGACGCUAUACUCUCCACACUCAAGCCCUGAGAAGACGGCACACCCAGACCUCUCUCUCGACGCCACCGGCACUCGGACCCGCCGCUCACAGAGAGAUGCGCCACAGAGAGGACGAGGGAAACUCCCGUCUUUUGUUGCUUUAGUGAGAAACAAAACAAAAGGCUCUCUUUUGAUCAUUGAGGGUUGUUUUAUACUUUUUGGUAAUAUAAUAUGGGGUUAGAAGGGGGUUUUAUGGUACUUUUAAGACGCGAGGAACAAAAAACACACCUAACAUGGGAAUUUCAUGUGACUAACCAAAAAAAAAAAAAACGAGAUUUGUGCAAAGGUACAACCCAUCAUCUAUUGACUGACACCUAUUGAUACACACUUUAUGUAAGUUCAACAGCAUUGUGUGGUUAAAAUCCGCAUCGUAUGUGAUGUAUAGGCCUGCUGAGGGUUCGUAACCUACUGUCCUGAGGACUCGGGUAAUGUCCUACAACCAUCGCAAGAUUUGUUUGUAACAUUGUACCCGUGUGUGACCAUGUGGAAGUGCACAGUGCGCUUCCGUAUUUGAAUUCAUUAAGCAUUCACAGGCUUUUUCUCAAUGAUAAAUGUUUGCUCUGGUAUUGUAACUAUGUAAGAAUUUGAAAGAUGUGUAUAUUACUAUGUGUAACAGCUGGGUUGUUCUCUAUAAGUUGAGUUCUGCUCACAGGAAGUGACAUCACUCCCUUAAUGACUGGGAUAAUCUCACAGAACCUCUCCAGGCCGUGCAUGGGUCUUUGGUCCCUCAAAAUCACCAAGUAUAUUUUGCGUAAAGAAAAUUAGGUCUUUUUUUAAGACCAUUAAGUUUUUCAAUGUUACAUUAUUUUGCAUUGAAACAUUAUUUUAAAUAUACUUAUAUUUCAAAUGGUAAUACAUUAUUACAGAACUCUAAAAUUGGUGCAUUAUGUAAUGACAAUUAAAGGGUUGAAAUGUCACAGUGCAAAAUAAACUAUUGGUCUUAAAAAUAGGCUUAAUUUUCUAAAUGCUCAAUAUUUUUUGCUGAUUUUAGAGUGGUAUAUGGCAGAGCUCUUGUGAGAUUCAUUAAGUAUUGACUACACUGUUAAUACAUACAUUACACGUGAUGAAAACGUCCAAAAGACCCACAAUAUUAUGUACAGAUUUAUAUGUGCAACAUAUACGAUCUUGUGGCCUUAGGAUGUGCUUGGUUAUUUUGUUUUGUACUUUUUUUUUUUUUUUACAUCUUGGUUUUGAAAUAGUAAUUAUAUACAUAUUAUUUUUCUGAAAUCUUGACACGAGGACAGAUACACUGCCUUUUGUUUUCUUUAAGUCUUUUUAACAUUAUAUUGCCUUGUGUUGAAGCACAGCGGUGUUGUUUUGUUGAUGAUAAACUGAUUUGAUCUUUUCUGAGGUGGAGGACGAUGAAGCGGAGGUUUCCAGUGUGAUAUAGCAGUGUUGUCGGAUGCACAGGUUCAGUUUAAUGCGAUGUCUUCAUACCUGUGGGCCACUAAUAGAGGAAAAUGGCAGAGAUCUGAUGUAAUUGUUGUACCAAACGAUAUUGUAUUUGUCCUUUUAUUAACUUCUCAUCUUAUCAUUAACAUGAUAUCUACUGUUUGACGAGAGUCUCGUCUGUAUUUUAUUUUAUUUUUGUUUGUUUUUAUUGGGCCGAUGGACAAACUAGGGUUUGAAUUGGGCAUUUCAAUGCUUUCUGGCUAUAUGGUAACUGAAAACAAUAUAUCUUCAGAGGAAUGUCUGCUGUUUAUUGACAAAAGAUUUCUGUGUAAUGACUGAUUUUUCCCCCUUUUCUUUAUAAUGUUACAUGUAUGUUUAUAUAACUGAAUUUGUUAAAACUCUUAGUUCUAUAGCAACAAACUUUGUGUAUUUUAAGGACCUUUCUACGCUAAUAUAAUUUUUGAAAACACUGGAGAGAUACGUGUGUGAAAUGAUAAACUACAUAGACAUAUAUACAGUUUGUGUGUGUGUGUGUGUGUGUUGCAUAUUGCAUACUGUUAAGUGCAUAUAUUAUUUUACACAAAAUAUCUGCAUAUCCCAACAAAAUAAUUGAAUUUACACAAAUAAUCCUAUUAUUUAUUAUAUAAAGUGGCAACAUCCACGGAUGCUCAAGGCAACACGUUUUUUUUUAAAGAACCUAAAAAUCUUGUGCAGCUUUUUAAGAAAAUAUUUUUUUUUUAUUAAAAAUUUUUUUAAAUUAAAUUUUUUUAUUGAAAAAGUAAAUAUGAUCUAAUCUGUUAUCUGCAGGGCACUAAGGAUACAACAUGUAUGUAUGUAUGUAUGUUUAUACACAUGCACACACACACACACACAUAAUUAGCCUGUAGUUACUAGAUAAAGCCUCUCUCUGAAGCGUUGGAAACGAUAUUACAGUUUGCAUACUUGGAUAUCCAUGAGUCCAAUUUGAAAAGAAAGAAGCAAUAGAAGUUUUACCUUCAAAAUGUUUUCAGGAGUUCUUUUGAUGGAAGAAGAAAGAAUUACUUGACUUCUUUCUUGCAUGAUAUUGCAGAAUCUGAUGUAAAAACUUUCCUGGAUUUGUUUUCUUCAUCUGAAGGUUUUUCCAUAAAUUUCCUGAAUGCAAAAGAAGGACCGGUUUUGUUAUUUGUUUCUUUAAAAGCUUCAGACAGUGAUCCAGUGAACUGUUUGUGUGGAAAUGAGAGAGAGGGGCUUUCUUCAUGCAUAAAUAAAAUACUACAUAAAGUA